CUCCCCGGCGGUUUGAGGCAGGUGAUGGUCUGCAAUACCUCUCCAAACCGCCUUCAUGUUGUUGUCCUUCAGCUUCCCUUCCAGCUUCCUCCUGUAGUUCUCCUUGGCCUCCCUGAGUUUAGUUAAACGUUAAACGUCGAAGAAGAUCUUCAUAAGUUUUAGGAGAAGGAAUGGCAGAACACGCCCCCUCUGUUGCCCUUGAGGCUGUUCAUAAAACCACCAGCGACCUACCGAAGGACCUACGCAUGAUUAAAGGCUACGACUUCAACCAGGGUGUGAAUCUCCAGGCUGUGUUGCAGUCAUACCUCACCACGGGCUUCCAGGCCAGCAGCCUUGGCUUGGCCAUCCAGGAGAUCAACCGCAUGAUCGAGAAGCGCCUCGAGCCAGUUCCAGCAGAAGAAAAUGAAUCUAAAGCGUCUGGCGAUGCGCCUCGCCGUCCAGGUUGCACCAUAUUCCUGGGAUACACUUCAAACCUCAUCAGCUCUGGAAUCAGGGAGAGCAUCCGAUACCUGGCAGAGCACAAAAUGGUGGAUGUGAUGGUGACCACAGCAGGUGGCAUUGAGGAGGACUUUAUCAAGUGUCUGGCUCACACCUACCUAGGAGACUUCAGCCUACCUGGCAAGGAGCUUCGCUCGAGAGGUAUCAACAGGAUCGGAAACCUCCUCGUGCCAAAUGAUAACUACUGUAAAUUUGAAGACUGGCUCAUGCCCAUAUUGGACCAGAUGUUGUUGGAGCAGAACACAGAGGGCACACGUUGGACACCUUCUAAAAUGAUCCACCGUCUUGGCAAGGAGAUCAAUAAUACGGAGUCCGUCUACUACUGGGCAUACAAGAACAACAUCCCAGUGUUCAGUCCCGCGCUGACAGACGGCUCUCUGGGUGACAUGUUAUACUUCCACUCCUAUAAGAACCCCGGCCUUGUGCUGGACAUCGUGGAAGAUAUUCGCAAAUUGAAUACCCAGGCGGUGCAGGCCUACAAAACGGGAAUGAUCAUCCUGGGUGGCGGCUUGGUCAAGCAUCAUAUAGCCAACGCCAAUCUCAUGAGAAAUGGUGCCGAUUACAGUGUGUUUGUCAACACGGGCCAGGAGUUUGACGGCUCUGACUCUGGUGCUCGACCCGACGAGGCCGUGUCUUGGGGCAAGAUCAGAACCGAUGCCAAACCUGUCAAGGUGUACGCUGAUGCCUCCUUGGUGUUCCCUCUGAUUAUGGCCGAGACCUUUGCGCUCCAUGCUGACAAGCUGACCGCCGGCAGGAAAACGGAGUGAAUGGACCGUUAGCAAACAGGCGCCCGGGACUUUGUCUUAUUAAAGACACCCGUCAAACACUUUCCUCCUGCUUAAGGCCAGGUAAACCUUUCACCACCGCAGCAUUCCCGCGCUGCCGUGUAGAAACGAGACCAUGUGGUGUUGCUUAGCUGGACGCGGACAAUAUUUGCUUGUUACAACAAGUAGUUUUACUCUUAUUCAGAUAGCAGAAAAAACAAAAUCAUAUGCUGCAGCACGCAUCAGAGGCGCUUGGGAAUGGGGCAACUAAUUUUAAGUUUUUAAACCUCCGUGGGGGCUUUUCUAUGUUAUCUAAAGCAGUGGUCCCCAACCACCGGGCCGCGGACCGGUACCGGGCCGCACAAGAAAUAAAAAAAAAAAAAAAAGUUUUUUUAUUUUUAUUUAAAUUAAAUCAAUAUAAAAAACACGAUGAUAUUCAUAUUGUGUAUGUGUAUGUCAAUAUAGAUCAAUACAGUCUGCAGGGAUACAGUGCGAAAGCACACAUGAUUGUAUUUCUUUAUGAGAAAAAAAAUAAUAAAUCCCCCCCCCCCCCCACCCCCCCGGUCCGUGGGACAAAUUUUCAAGCGUUGACCGGUCCCCAGCUACAAAAAGUUUGGGGACCACUGAUCUAAAGCAUAAAAUCACAAUGCAAGAUUGUUGUAUUUUUCUGUCAUGGUUGAAAAGUAAAUUGGCCCAAUUCAGAAGACGUCAUGAGUCAUGCAUGGAAUUCUUUAUUUCACACAAUUUGGAAUAGUAUUACAUGUAUGACUCAUAUUUAAAGAAUAUUUUUAUUUUGCUAUAUACUUCCACUGAGGUUUUUAUAGUCUUGAUGGUCUUGAGUAUUUGAUGGGAAGAUACAACAACUAUUUACCUAAUUAUGAUUACGUUUUGUGGAGGGAUAUGCAAAUUUGAUUUUAUUUAAUUAAUCAAUCAAAGUUUACUUAAUCAGGGCUGUUGGUGGGGCUACGGGUUUAUUUUUUUCACUUUUAAUAUUAAGGCAUUUAUUUAUAUAUUGCAUGAACCAUAAUGAGAAAAUAUGUAGCAGCAUCUAUACUUUUGACUUUGGAUUUAAAGUGUUGGACAAAUUCUGCUAUUUUUCAACCGUAUCCGUUUUUUUCUUUUGGGAUUUAAACUUUCUGUUUAAACAAAAAAGGGGGGCGACUCGCUCAGCUGGAAUUCACAACUCGGAGCACCUAUGUUCACUUUGAAUGUUUACAUUUUCAGCCCCCAGACAUAAUACAGCUACUCUGAACUCCUUUUCCUCUCUCUUGCUCGUUGCAAACAACCGCAUAAUCAAGUCAUGGUAAUGAUGACAUUUCCCAUCGUGAUAAAUCAGUCUGCUGUUGUGGCAGUAAUAUUUCCUGUCUCUAAUCACGUUUCCCGUAUCCUCAUGUUGUUUUCAUAACCUACUUAUAGUUUCUAUUUACGUUAUUUUUUUAAAUAAGGGGGAAUUUAAUGCUACGUUUACCGAAAGCCUAAUUUUCCCCAAUCCUGUGGUGAAUGUUUUUUAGCUUUUUUUGGAAACGAGGAGUGGAAUAGGAACUACGACAGUCAACUUUCCCAAAACCUGAGCCCUAGAGUAAAUGCGGCACACACGCACAAUUUGGGUGUUUCUUUCCCACACACAACGGCUUUUCCAGUCAAGCCAUUUCCUAUGGAUUGAGUGCACAUUUUUUCCCAAUGCAGUGAUGCUAGGUCAGAUAUGUUUAGCAAUGGAAUAUAAAUACAUUAGGGGAGGUCAGAAUUGCUUUGGAAACUCUCUUUGGGACAAUAUUCACAUUGGGGCGGCAGGCUCAGAGUGGCCGUCUUGUAACUGGACGGUUACUGGCUAGAUCCCGGUCUGGCGAGCUCAUGUUGAGGUGUCCUUAAACAAGACACAGAAUCCUAACUGCUUCUGAUGGGUCGUGGUUAGCGCCUUGCAUGGCAGCUCUCGCCAUCACUAUUCCACAAUUUUGUUGUUCUUAAUGUGCACUGACAAUAAAAAGCAUUGUCUUCUAUUCUAUUCAGAAGU